AUGAUUGUUUCACUUUGCGCCCUUGUUAUUGCAGUGCAUCUGGUGUCCGGCACAUGUGACUGUGGUUAUUCGAUUCAAAGUCCCGAAGGCGAGGGGGUCGUUGUGUUUAUGGAUCGGCUUGAGACUGACUUCGGUCAACUCCAAAACAUCUCCCAAAGUCAUGACUGGGUAGCGCAGGAAUUCACAGUAUCAGCAGAAGAUGGACGCGGGAACUACAGCAAGGCCUUUGAGCCCACAAACGUCGCCAUCCAAGCAACGCAUGCUCAAAACAAUCCUAGUCAGGGCAAUGGUGUUGAGCUACGUGUGAGCAGUACUAUCAGCAACGACGCAAUCCCAGGAAGCGAGAUAGACACAACAAGACUAGACCUUCACUGGGGAUCAUUUCGAGCUGGGAUAAAGUUAACAGAUAUCAAGGGCACGUGUGCGGCGUUCUUCUGGUAUUUCAACGAUACCCAAGAGAUCGAUAUCGAGUUUCUAUCACAAGAGUUUGACCACGGCAGGGGCGUCUACCCUGCCAACCUCGUUGUACAGUCUAGGGCGUCCAUGGAGGCCGGUUACGAUGCCAGCAAGACUGGGAACUUCAAGCGGGUAGAUUUGGACUUCGACCCAACAGAGAGCUUUCACGAAUAUCGAUUCGACUACAUUCCUGGCCACGUUCUGUUUUAUGCUGAUAGCAAACUACUCACUCAGAUGAACGGCAGUGAUAUGCCUACUUCUGGAGGUCAUUUGAUCCUGCAGCAUUGGAGUAACGGCAAUCCGUUGUGGUCUGGCGGUCCGCCGACCAAGGACGCAACAGUCACCGUCAGCUAUGUCAAGGCUUACUUCAACUCAUCGGAUCACAAGCGUCAGUCAUAUUUACAGCAGCAAUGUGGCCUGUCGGCCGAGAGAGCCUCUGUGUGUACUAUCCAGAAUGUUACGAAUGCAACAUCCCACAGUGGCGACAUGCACGAUUCUGACGAUAAUGACCAGAGUGACGCGGCGGGUACAGAGCUGAGCUUGCUGGGAGGCUUGGGACUUGGCUUAUUGGCAUUGUUCUUGUAA